AUUGCGAAAGAAGGACCACGUAAUGUGGUGUUCAAAGUACCAUCUGAAAAAAAACCCAUAUGGAGUGAUAUCAAACUAGAAAAUCCAACUAGUGAGAAUAAAACGUUCAAGGUCAAGUGCACUUCAGCCGUAAUAUUUCGAGUCCAACCACCGUUUGGCUUCAUCAAAGCAAACGAUACAACAAAUAUACGUUUAUGGUUUCAGAACACUGACGGCAUACCUACUGAUGGCAAAAAACAUUACUUUGCCAUAUACUUUAUGAACUCACAAGAUGGAAAAGAACAUGAUUCUUCUUCGACCUAUAAAAUACCUCUUUUUACAGAAAUAGCAAGAUAUCUUGCACUUACAGGUGUUCACCGAGUGAACGCAGUUUUCGAGAAGGAGUAA